CAAACACAGACAGAGCAGUAUGCCAGCUUCUGGACUGAGAGCACACACACCACUUCACGGAGCUUCUCCACCUCUCAGCAGCAUGUCUGAAUUGUAGGAUCCUCCUCUUUCUGCACAUCUAUUGAGGUCCUCUGCAGACCUAGGUGAGCUGAUUUCAGCAUGGAGCUGGGAAAAGUUCACCUGAACCUGAAGACGCUGCUGCUGACCAUGAUGAUGUUCAAAUGGGGUGAGUGGGCACCGCACUUCUCUGGUAGUUUUUCCUCUUUUCAUGAUUGUUUCUUCACUCUAAAGGGAAACUGAAGUGUAAAUCCUCUGAAAAUCUCUCCCUGCUGGUUGUUUUAGAGUUUAAAGUUUAAUCCUGCUUCUGUGAAAGCAACAGGUUGCAGAAAGAUUUACAGCAGAGUCAUUAAUACCCACAGGAGCAGUUUCCUCUCCUGUUUGAUUACUGUAACUUUAAAAAAUCCUCUCAGUGUGAGUGUUUGGUCCUUUUCUGAGGGGGGUUCUCACUUUCACGACUCUGAUGGUGAACUGGAGCAGCUCUCAAUGAUGCUUCAGUUUCAACAAAAUAGCACAAGUGGAUUCUGGGAGGAGAGAGCAGUGGGUGCUCCCACAGACUCAAAUAGAUGGAGACAAGUUGGUAGGGGAUGGGGGUGUCAUUGUUUUUAUUUUUGAAUAAUAAAGGAAAAUAAUAACAACAAAUGUCAUCAGGAAGAGCCUUUUCAACACCGAGCAGAAAAAAAUCCUCAGACCAAGCUGGGUGUAUUGAAUUUCCUUUCGAGGAUUAAUUAAGUUCUUAACUUUUAACUCUUAAUUUAUGAAACUGACAUGGAUAAAAUCAGGAAAACAUUGAAAGUUAAUCGUCCAUGAAUUUAUAAACAAUCAAAAAAGAGAAAGAGUCAAAAAGAACAAAUGUCUAUUGCUGUGUGCACAGACCAGGACAGCACAGAAGUCAGGUUUAUUUAACUAAAAAACAGACAAGCAUCCAAAUAAAUGCAACAGCAAUCACAAAAACUCACUCCUUUAUAGUAAUGCACACUCUGAACCCUGAGAGAGACACCAUGUAAAAAAGAUAAAAUACAACUUUUAUCGUGAUAAUUUUAUGCAUUCAGUCAGUGAAGCUGCACUUUUUGCUCUAAACUGAGGACAGGAAUAAACCAGAGUAUAUCAAAGCUGCACACAGAAGAGUGCAAAACUAGUUUAAACUAACAAUAUCUGCAAUUUAAACUUCUGUAUGUGCUCAGAGUAACUUUCUCUGGAGUAAACUCUGAAUAUUUGCAGCAAAGCAGACUCUCCGAGCCCUGAUUUUUUAUCUGAAGAAGCUGCAGUGUGAUUGGAUGAUAAAGUAGAGGGUGUGGCUAAUAUUUUUCCAACAUUAUUCCUGGUUUUUACUCACCCAUUGUGUGGGAUUAGACACAUGACUGGCUGUGAAUCCUCAGUCAUGCAUACUUACACAGAACAAACAGGGAUGAGAUCAGGGGAGAGGAGCUCAUUCAUAACCGUCUGUGCAUGAAUGCAGACAUAAAAUCAGGUCACUGAGGGUUUGUGACAGUUUUUUUUUAAAUGUCUGUUACCAAAGAAACAGUACGUACUCUUCUGUUUGAUUUCAUUAAGAAAAUAUAAAUCAGUGAAUGAACUUUGUUUCUUUAACCAUCACACAUCACUGUUUAUUUUUUACUUCGCUGUGUCUGUUCUGAUAGUGACAUUAACUGUUCAGCUUUUCCAACUGAUGAGAUUUUUCACUUUUAUUGGCUUGUUUGAAAAAUAUAGUAGACAACAACACAGAAAAUACAGCUACAAGUUGGACUUUUUUUCUGCCAGCCUUAUCUAUCACAGUAAGGUGGCCUUUCUGCUGGGCCUUGGGCCUGUCGCACCUCCAACAGUGCCGGUGAUGGACUGUGCAUGGCAGGGGCGUCCUCUUCCCAGAGGCAGGUCUCUGCCUGACCUCAGGGAAACAGCUAUUUAAAAUGUUCUGAAAAGCUAAAGAUCAUCAACCAAUAUUAACCAACAACAAAAACAUUAACUUUAUGUACAAAGAUUUAGAUUUACAAUUCUAAAUUAAUGUUUUAAUUACUUGAAUUAUUCAUAAAUAUGACGAUGCAGUGAAUGAAGCAUACAGUCCUGAACUGAUAUGGAGAGGAUAGCUUCCUGAUCAAUUACCAAUAUUUAGGGUUAUAGAGCUGUCUUGUGAUUUAACUGUAUGUUUGAUAGUUGUGAUAUACAACAAAAUAUAAGGGCCACACUGAGGUGAAAGAAAAAUAGGAUUUUGAAAAAUGAUACAUUUGUAACAUCGAGAGAAAAAAUUAUGUUGCAAGAAAAAGGUCAAAAAAUUAUUUGAAUAUAAUUGUUAUGAGUCAUUAUGUUUUAAGAGUAAGGUUAUUGUGAGAAUGAAGUCUAUAUGUUAUGAGAAUAAAAUCGUUACAUGAUGAGAAUAGAGUCAUGAGAAAAAAAAGUUGUGUUAUGAGAAUUGAGUAAUUUUGAUGUCGGAAUAAAGUAUUAAAAAAACAAAGUUGUAGUGUCAUGAGAAUUACGUGAUUAUGAGAAAAAAAGGUUAUGUUAUGAGAAUAAAAUUGUAAUAUCACAGGAUCACAGUCUUUAUAAAGUUGUUAUGAGUAUACAGUGGUAAUGAGAAUUAACUUGUUUUACUAUGGGAAUAAAAUCAUUAUAAGAAUAAAGUUGUUAUGCUAUGAAAAUAAACUCAUUAUUUUAUGAGAAUAAAGUUUAUAUGUUAUGUUGUUAUGUUCUGAGAAUAAAAUCCUAACAUAAACCUUUUAAAAUAGAGAAUGGUAAACUAGAACUGUAACCUGAUUACAACUUAAUUUUCAUUAAUAAUGACUUAAUUCUAGUAAUAAAAAGACUUAAUUCACAAAGUCUUGAAUUUUUUAAAACCCUAAUGUUCUGUUGUUAUUGUCUGAUACCCAUAAAAGUUUACCUUCUUUUUGAUAAAUGUGUCUUUAGAGCCUAUUAGAGCUCUUGAUCCAAGCUGCAUCUCUUCAUAAUUAUUUUUGUUGAGGUCUAUUUUUGACAGGAGAUUUCAAUAUCGAAAAUAAACUGCACUCAUACAGCUCCUUAUUAAUGAUGUGACCAACUAAAACAUGCUACUUAACAUGUGGUACACACAUUUAUACACCCUGCAAACUUAUUCAUCAGAAAAUAAAUCCGCCAUCAGGUGGGAUUUUUACCUCAUAAUUUGAAAAGAAUUGUUCAUUAUGGAUUGAACCGUCCAUCCUCAGGUGACACUUUAUCUCUGUCAUUUAAUUUCAGAGAAUAAAUCAAUUAGCUGAUAAUCAUCUCAGACAGAGGUCAGAGACAGAUUAUUAAAGAUUAAUGGAUGAUAUCAUGUCAUCACGCACUGAGCUGCCCUGCGUGUGUGUGUGUGUGUGUGUGUGUGUGUGUGUGUGUGUGUGUGUGUGUGUGUGUGUGUGUGUGUGUGUGUGUGUGUGUGUGUGUGUGUGUUGUUGUUGUUGUUGUUGUUGUUGUGCUAUAGCUUGUAUCAGUAUUAACUAUAUUUGUGUCAGGUGAAUGAAACACCUUUUUUCUCUGGCCAUCACCUCGGUGACAGUUGUAACAUGUGAGGAAUACAUAAUGGGAAGAUGAGUCGCAGGGUGAUGCUCUAAUGUUUGUGUUUUUGUUAAAAUAUAGGGAUUAAAAAUUCGCCAUUGUUUUUUCUCAUCAAAAGGAGCUCAUUAUAUUAAAUAAGUUUCAAAAGGGAUUAGAAUUAGACUGUGAAGAAAACUGAAUUUAUGAUAUGUUUGAGUUGCUUGGGUAAAUAACAGUUUCAUCAACAUAGAGAUUAAUGUGACAGUUUGAGCAAAUUAGUGGAAAAUCAUUCAUAAAAAAUGAAAAAAAAAGAAGUGGACCUGAUGUGGAGCCUUGUGGAACACCAGAAUUAACGUAGUGGUGGUCAUUGAAUAACACACUGAUAUUUGUCAUGGAGAUAGACUCUAAACCACAAAAUAGCACUUUGAUUCAAACUAUUGUGGCAGAGUUGAUUAGGGAGAAGUUAAUAGUGGAAAAACUAGCAAAUUAGUAUAUUACUAUUUUACUGCUGUAAUACACCUUUGGUGGGUUACAUCAGCCAUGCCUAAAUCAGAUUUCAGUUUAGUGGGAAAGACAUUUAUUAGGGUUGGCGUUCACUAUGUUAAUGUUGUAAAUGUUGCACCUGGUGAAAAAAUUCUGAUGUUUUCAUCUUGAAUCCUGCACAACAGUAGUUGUUGACUCUUAGGUAAACUGGGGUUGUACCUGCACAGGAGAAGUCUCUGAUGGUUUUAAUAGCUAACAAAAUUAAAGAGGCCCUUUUAUUGAUUGGAUUGGUGUCUACUGGAGACGUAGGGUUAGAUCACAGAUUCCCCAGAUGAAAUUUUUGGAAACAAUGAUUAAUCAGAGGAAGGGUGUUGUGUUUUACAUAUUUAUGAGUGUUUGCACAGGCAGUUUUGCAAAUUUAGUGAUUUUAAAGUGGUUAAACAGAAAAGUGCGUGCCACAUUCCACAAAGGUUUUAAUGAGUGAAGCAGCUUAAAUUUGAGGUCAAAGAGACAGGAGAAGAUGGGGGAGAUCAUGUGAGGGAGAUAGAAGAGGUGACAGAGGUGACACAUGCUAUGUCUGAAGCUCGGAGCUGUAAUCUCCGCAGGUAUCCUGCCACAAGGAGAUUAAAGGAGCAGGUGGGAUUGGCCCAAAGAGGCAAGAAGGAUUACAACAGAGAAACACUCCAGAGGCAAGGAAGACUAGCAAACCUGCGCAGGUGAAAGGGGGGAGGGAAAGUAGGAUGAGGACAGGAAGUGGGUGAAGGACAAGGUGAAGGUUCUAAGAAGGGAAGAACAAACAAGAAUCUGAAUACUUCAGAUGGCAGAUAAUCUAAUUACUCCCCCUUUACAAAACAAACAAAUGCAGACUGAAGAUGUUAAAGUGAGUCAAAUAGGUGAAUAAUUAUGACUCCUAGCAGUUAGAUGCUAGGUAUUUGUACCUCUAAACCUUUAAGACCUCUGUGUAACUUCCUAUUGACAGUAAAACUAAAACUCAAAAGAAACAGCUAUAUAAUAUAACUUAAUAUAUUAAAACUGAGACUCAGAAGACACAUAAAAAGACACUUUAUUUGUAUGGUGAAACUGAGACUCAGCAGAAAUAGCCAAAAAAAAAAGCUUUUGUUACUUAGUAUUUACUGCAAAACUGAGACUCACUAAAAACAGAUGAAUAGUAAGCCUCUCAGGAACUUUCUCUGGACAGUAAAACCAAGACUCAGACCCAUUCCUUAGCUAAAAGAAAAUGCUGGCAGUUUUUCAAUAAAGACCUGCAAGUACAGGUCUCUUUAUGUGGAUUGCCACCGAUGCAUUGCAUUUGACCAAAAAGAUUAUGUGCAAUCUGUAAAUUAAAAACUUUCCCAACAUUAUUAAAACAUUGUUCACCUGACUUCAAGUUGGUGAAUCAGGCACCAAACUCUUGCCUGAGUUUCUGAGUUGUUUGUUCCAACUGCAGCAUUUUCCAUUAAUUUUCCAAUAACAUAAAGGAUUGGGCCGAAACCUGACCCCUGAGGAACACCAAGUAAGAAAACUUGAAAUCAAUGAAAAACUGUGAAUCAACAUCCAGAAGUACAGAUUCAAUCAGGAGGAAUGCUGUGUUGUUAAAAAUCAAAACGAUUCCAAGAGGGAUGUCUUUCCUUUCUGUUUCAUUGGGAGCAGAUUAAGUGUAACAGACUUUGUCGUUAAAAUAAAAGCCGAACACAUUUAAUCCCUUGUGACUCUUGAUCGGUCGUUGUUCCUGUUUGACUCAAUGUUUGACACAACAACCUCUAGUUAAGUUUCUUAUCAAGCAAGCAAAAGGAUCACCACUUCACUUAAUUAACAUGUUUAUCCUGAGCUCCUUCUUACAUCCAGUAGAACCUAAUCUGAACCUUCCACAGUCACCUGGGACUCUCCCUGUCUGCAGGUGGCUCACGGUCCCCCGCCGACCACUGUAAUCUGUGCGGUUCAAACACAGUCGGUGAUAAUAAUCUGUGAGCUCAAACACAAUUUGUGUCUGCAGACUGGGAGCGCGUCAAUCAGAAUUACAACUGACAAAACCUUCUGCCUCUGAAAGGUGACGUCGGGACACAGAGGUAAAAAGGUCUUUCCUGGUAGACUGGCUUUACAGUCCGUGCAACAUACUAAGCCUUCUCUUCUUAGACCAUUCGUGCAGACCAGGAAAAACUCCAUGAAUAAUAACUUUAAUGGAUUAAACAAUCAGAGAGACAGCUCAGUAAGCGCUACAGAGAAACAAUCCAAGAUGGAUGUAAUAGAGACUGAUGCCUAUUCACUUUUUCAGUCCAGUAAUCUUUGAUUAUUAUUGAUGAUUUCCAAACAGAACUGAGACUGUAUUUAUAUUCCUAAUGUAGGAAUUUUGCCUGACUAACUCUAGUGAUGGCUGAGGUGCACCCAGGACUAUAGUGUGGCAUUAACAGUCACUCUGGAAACAUCACAUGAUGUCUGCAGGAGAGAUUAUACAACAAUACACAUCACUGUUAACUAAUGGAAACAACCAAGUUUAUAAUUUUCCAAUGAUGGGAGCGAGUACUUCUGUUUUCAUUCUUCCAGGAUUAAGUAGGCUGCUGCAUGCAUGCUGUAUUGUCUGUGACUUUUACUGUAAUUGGCAAUGACUCGGUAACUGGGGGGUAACCUGUGUAAUCCUUUGUGGUCGGCUGAAGGAGGUCUGCAGACUUCCUGAGCUGUUAGCAACACUGGGUCAGAAAGGAAAAUCCAGAGGAGAGACCACCAUCAAUGAAGGCAGCAUCGAAUCAGCAACACAUGGCCACACAGGGGAAUGUGGGAGCAUUCAAUGACUUUAAAACAUGAGCACGUGCACGGGUGAGAAGAAGAAAGCCUGUCUAACGUUAGGUUUGAGAAGUGAAAUGAUGGCAGUAGGAUUAGGAUGUUAAACUAAUGCAAACAGGUUGAGGUAAUGAGUUUAGUUUUUGAUUCAUUGAAGCUCCACUUUUGUUUUAUGUGCAGCAUUUACUUUGACAUAAGCAAAAUCUAGGGUCACAUUACUUGACAUUGCUCAUCUUGACACAACCAAACUUCAGCUUGCAUAUUUUGACGUUACCCGGAGUUAUGCUGCUUGAUAUAACACUACUUGGUCAAACUUUGGGUUGGUCAAAUUGGAUGUUGCGCCACUUGACAUUGCACUGAAUUUACAGUACUUCAUACUGCAUUACUUUACUCAAUGCUCCUUAAUGUUACAGUACUUGAGGUCACACUACUUGACACUUAGAUACUUGAUGUCACAUAUUUUGAUGUUAUGUCACUUGUCGUGUUAGGACAUAAGGUUUUGCCAUUGCCAUCAUGCUUCUUGAGUUUGUAUCCCUUGCUGUUGAGGUCUAUUGUUUUGUGUUGAGCUUUAUAAAAUAACAAAGUGUAUAGGAAGCCCGCACUACUGUAAAUUGGACACUGUAUUGUGCCCAUGUUACGCUACUGUGUUACUGUCAGGUCAUUAUGAGCCUCUGUUGUCGCCGGUUGGGCUUGACUUGGUCGUGUUUUGCUCUCUGCUGGUUUCUGGAGCGUGGAGUACCUCUGAGGUUAUUCUAGAGAAUCUGUUCAAGCAUGUCAUUGUUUAAGGUGGUGCAGUUAGUAUUAAUAAAAAUGUAAACAAAAGUCAAUAGUUAUAAUAAUAACUGUAAAAUAAUUGUAUGACAUGUGCAUAUUUGAUCACUUUCUUAUUGAACGUGAUCACCACGAUGCUCUAUGUCACAUUUUGUGUCACAUUUUUUGUCACUUUCUAUAUGUUGUGCUAUUUUACAUUACAUCGUACAACUCUGAGCUAUUUCACUUCCUACAGGUUGUUUCACAUCACACCUUUUAUGUCUUGAAGAUGUGGUCCUGUUGCUCCACAGCAUGCUGAGUCCUGUUCUGUUUUAGUCUUUUUGUUCACUCUGGGGUCGGCUGUGGGGUUUUCACACAUUAUGAAGUUGAUCUGUUUGUUGUUUUCUUCAGCAUAUGAAAGAAUUCAUUCCAUGUCUUCAAUCCUCUCUCGUCCUUUCUGUAUUUAUUGAUUGGUUGUUUUUUAACGUUUGUAUCUCUUCACUGAGGUUGUGAACUUUGAAUCAGGCCUUGCACUCUGAUCUGACCCACGUUUCGCUCCUAAUGAUGUCUACAAAUAAAAAGAGUGACCUCCUCUCAAACUGAGGGUCCUCAUUAGAUAUUCCCCUCCCCCUCCAUAACUCCCAUCACUGUUAAUAACUUCCACUUCAGUGGAAAUCUGGAAGCAGCACAAUGAUCAAAGUGUGGGAGGGGUCUGGGAGUGGACUGGGGGGUUAGACGGGCCUAUUAACAGGAAUGCGGAGCGUUUCCACACAGAGCUCAUAGUAUUGGCUGGCGGGGGGAGACAGCAUGAGUAUUGUAUUUUUCAACACCCCCUCAAAUUAAAGUGUUUAUUUCUUCUGUAACUCGACAAACAAGAGCCCCCCAAGCUGAGAGGAGCUAUUCAUAGAGGAGAGGACAGUGUGGUCAUGACUCACUGCAGCUACAAGUGAAGUGAGACAAGAAACAAUUAACAUAUGAUUAUGAAACUGAAAGAUGAACACAGUGUUCAUAAACAGUGACACUAAAUGCCUCAAACAUUUCAACUAUGAAAUGACUGAAGUUUCUUAAAGGCUCCUCAAGAUCAUACACAAAAUAACAGAUUCAUAAAACGCCCAAAGUUCUACCAGGCAGUCUGUUCCUGCAGGUUCAGAGCUUUCUCAGUGUGUUUGCAGGUUUUUCUUUGCUCUAAAACUGAGACACUGCUCCUAGAGUUCAUUGUUUUAUUCCUGACAGAGAACUUAAAGAGGACUGUGCAGAUUGAUCCAGCUGUGAAGGAGUAUAAAGUGACUUGUAAAGUUGAAUUCUGUAAAGGUUGAAUUGAAAUAAAAACACAAAGUUGAUGUUUGAUUUCACACAUAACCACACUCCAGUCUACUGGGUCAAAGUCUGUCUUUGUUUGGGGUUUACCGUUAAACUCUCCACAGAUUUCUACAAUUUUGAAUGUUCAGCAGCAUGAUUCAAAUAGCAGCACUGCAGCAGUCAUGAAUGUGUGACGUUUCAUUGUGUUUCUGAGAGACGUUUACUCUCAUGAUUGAGGUUUUACUAUUUCAGAUGAAGCUCAGGAAAUGAUCCAAGAUCAAGAGGAGGUUUAAGAAGUCAUUGACGUUGGGUCUCAGUUAAAUCUGGACUAGCUUGAUUCAAGAAUAUGUACCUGAUGGAGACACUGUGACGCACGUGUGUGAGGGUUUAUGUCCACAAUGAGUGUGUGUGUGGAUGUGUGUGUGUGAGAGAGAGAGAGAGUGAGAGAGAGAAGGGAAGAGGGUUUAACACUCCUGGACAUCAGUGCCAGGAAGGAGUGUGAGCAGAUUAUAGGACAUGUCAGGAAGAAUGAGUGUAACAGGUUUAAAUGCAGUCGGACUCUUUGGUCAUUUCAGUUCAUCCACUUGUUUGUUGCUGCUGAAUGGAGACAUUUAAAAAUUGUCCCAGCAACACCCUGUUGGUCAUGUGACUGACCUCACAUGAACCGUGGUCUCAUAAUGAGUCCAGCCCAAACCUCCUGCAGGUUUUGAGCCAGACAAAAGAAGUAAUCAACAGAAAACUCUUCAUUUUCAUCCAAGAAAUUAUUCUGUGAUACUCAAAAACAAGUCUCAGUUUAGAGGAUUUCAGCUGCUCAAGAGUUCAGGGUCUCCUUUGUCCGAUUUUUUGUGUCAUGAUGCUCCAAAUGUUUUUAAUAGGUGACCAGUCAGGACUGAAGGCAGGCCAGUUUAGCAGCAGGACUCUUCUACUACAGAGCCAUGCUGUUGUAAUCCCUGCAGAAUGUAGUUUGUCAUUGUCUCGCUGAAAUAUGAAGCUCUUCCCUGAAAAAGUCAUCGCACAUAAAAGUAGUUAUUAGAGACAUUAUCUCUCCAUGUUCUGAAGUGAACACUCUGUCCUUUGUUUUCCAGGAAUCCUUUGUAACGCCACAUCGGACAGGUGUUUGUCCGCCCCCUGCCAGAACGGGGCUUCCUGCGUGGACAACAUGGAUGACUACGCAUGCAUCUGUCCCAGUGGGGGGAUCAGAUUUACGGGUAAAAACUGCGAUGAACUUUAUGACGCCUGCUACUUUGCUCCAUGUGAGAACUGCACCAGCAUCCCGGGGAUGACUGAGUACCACUGCACCUGUCCGGAGGGUCUGGCAGGUGAUAACUGUACUGAGGAGGUGGACGAGUGUGAUAGUAACCCAUGCUCUGAGCCCCGGUCUCUGUGCGUGGACCGGCUGAACGGGUACUUCUGCAGGUGUCCUGAAGGUUACGGAGGAAGCGACUGUAGGACUCAUGUGACAGACUGCAUCGAUGAACCCUGCAGGAAUAACGGGACCUGUGUGCUGAAGCCUGAGGGAUUCGAGUGUCACUGUGCAGCUGGGUUCGAGGGGGACACCUGCGAGGAGGACGUUAAUGAGUGUUUAUCAGAGCCCUGUCAGAACGGGGCGAUCUGUGUGGACGGCAUCGCUGAGUUUCACUGCUUCUGUGUGCCGGGGUUUCAAGGUUAUAACUGUGAGAUCGACAUUAACGAGUGUGCAUCACGACCAUGUGAAAACAACGGUACCUGCAUCAACGAGAAGGAUCACUACGAGUGCGAGUGCCUGCUGGGGUUUACAGGUUAGUACAAAUGUUGCGUCCUAAUCUGGACGUUACUGCAAACUGUGCCAAGUUGAACUCAUGUGGGAAACAGAUUUGUCCCCCUCUAUAAAUCUGUCUUUUGCUGCAUGUUGUGCCCCAGAUCAUCCUUGUCAUGCUGACACACAGGUCACUUUGGCUACUUUUGGUGUUUAUGUAAAACUUUAUUUAUGUCCUGUAUGACAUCAACCUUAAGAGCAGCUUUUGGAACCUGGUCUUUGAUUGCACAAGAUGGCCUAAACCAACUGUUGUGUGAUGCUGAGAGUGACUUUAACUAGAAUAUGAAACUAUUUUUUGUAUUCAUGGAUAUUUGUUCCUUUCAUGAUGACUUACUGACCACUGACCGGGAAUUUGAGAAUGGUCCUCCUUUCAUUGCAAUCACCUGACCCCCUGAAGGUUUUGUCAAAAGUCUCACCUUGGUAUUCUCUGUCUAAACAUCAUGACAGAGGAAAGAAGAAGAAGCUUGAAAGAGUAACGUGAGAUCUGAAAAACUGAAUCUCCAGUGAUGCAGAAGUUAAAAACAAAACAAAAGCAGACAUGAUGACUUAUGUCUCAGUAACCCUUUAAAUCAUCUUCAUUCACAAACUCCUGAGCAACAGAUCUGAAGUGUGUCAUCAUGAAUCAUCUCGUCAGAGAACAUAUCAGCAGUGACACAAACACUUCCCGCUCUCUGACAGACUUUAUUUUCUCCUCCACGUCUUGUUCAGUGGUUUGUUAAUCCCACACUGUGUAGUUUGUACCUGAUAAAGAGAGCACGAGGAGUAUUUUAAGUGCUCUCCAAGAUGAUUUCUUAUCUAAGGCUCAGAUAAAGUGAAGGGAAAACAACCCGUCUUGCUUUUCUUGCACUGGUUUCUUUCUGCACGGCCUGCUCAGUGUCAGAGGAGCUCUUUGUUAUCAGAAAGAGUUCAUUCAGAUCAGCAGCUCGGCAUUCCCGCCUGCCACCCUUUCAGUCUGUUCAGGAAGACUCUGUCAGCUCAGAAUAGACACGCUGAUACUGAUAAAAUGAGACUGAUCAUUUAACCACAAUAACAACUACCUUUGUUGGAUCAUAAACUCCUGUCUUCUACUGUCUUCAGGUGUGAACUGUGAGCUGGAGAUAGAUGAGUGUGAGUCGAGUCCCUGUCAUAACAGAGCCACCUGUCACGACUUGAUCGGCAUGUACUCCUGCGAGUGUCUGCCAGGGUUUGAUGGCGUCCACUGUGAGGUGGAUGUGGACGAGUGUGCCAGUGAUCCCUGUCAGAACGGAGCCGUCUGUCAUGACUUGGUCAACAGGUAAGUCUGUAGGUUUCAGAGCAGAAAGAUCCCGUGGGAAUAAAUGGAUGUACUGGAUAAAAAUGUCAGGAUAAUCAGGAGUUGCUGUCACUUUACUGAUCCAGAAAAAUAAGUUCUAUCCUCAGGACAUGGUGGGAUAUUUGGACCUAGAGCUCCACUCUAACACAGUGAGGCUGCCAUGUGUUUGUGCCAAGGUCGCUCAAAGGUCGCUUAAUCCAUUUCUCCUUGUUUUGCUGUGAAUGAGGACAAAUUCCUCCACUAAUUAAUCCCAGUAUUAACCAGUUUAGAGCAGAAAUAAGAAACUCACACAGAUGUGUAAGACCUGCCAUCCCACUUGAGACCAAUGCCCCGCAGUGAGUCAGUCUCCAUAGAGCCCCAUGUUAAAAUGCUCAACUUUACAGCAGAAAUUACAAUUUUUUCAGCCUUUAACUGCAAAAAACUGACUGGUCUGAAGGGGAAAAAACACUCAGAAAACAGCCAAUUUAGAGGUUAUUAAAGUCUAAUUGGUUUGCAGUGUCUAACAUCAGCAGAGCUCGCACCACUAACCUUCAGUCCAUGCAGAUAAGCAUCCACAUGUCUGUGACGGUUACUCAUUGUUCUGGUUGAGUGGUUGUACACCAGUUUCACCAGACCAAUUGACAUACACUGUUUCUCCAUUUUCUAGAUCUAAUACUGCCAAACCACGUCACACUGUUGAACACCAUCCAUCAAAUAUGCUGUUAACAUCCCGGUAGUAGACUAGUGAACUAGUGAAGGGUGGCACACAUAGCUGACAUUUCAGGCCAACAGUAAAAAUAAAGUAUUAUCAAUUUACUGACUAGUUACUCUGUUAGCAGCUGACAAGGCCAAUGAGAUUGAAUCAACUAAAAGCAGAAUUCUUUGUUUUGAUACAUUUGUUCAUUGACAGGCGACAGAAACACUGUCAUUAACAAAAGAGGUGGUGGGCCCUGAAAGGACAAUUUGCUCCACAUGACAACAAGGUGUCAAUGCAGUAAAUUUAGGCCAUUUGAUCUUCAUCUCUCUUUCUAAAUAUCGUUGUUUUUGGUGCCCCAUAAAACAAGAUAGCCCUGGUCAAAAUUUAAAGACAAAAUGACAGCAAUCUGCAUUUUGUGGUCAGAAGUUGACAUAGAUUUAAAGACAUUUCUUUGAACCGAUGGUUCAUGUUUGUUUACAUUUUUUUACUUUGUCAACAGCUGAAUCAGACCUCAGACAUUAGUCCCAGCUGAAGUUAAAUAAAACAACUCCGAACGACUCUUUCCUCAGUCACUGCUCAUUUUUUGGUCCACUGAAAGCUGUUUGUUUCUGUUUUCAGCUAUGAAUGUGACUGCAGUGAUACUGGAUUCCAGGGCGAUCUCUGUGAGGUGGACAUACCUGAGUGUGACUCUGAUCCCUGUCAGCACGGAGCCACGUGUGUGGAGGGAAUCAAUGGGUACAGAUGCGUCUGCUGGCCAGGUACUGAACUGCAACCUGCAUAUUCUAUAUUUCUGAACUAGCUUGGCAUAUUAUAUCUAUAUUUCUGAGCAGAAGUUUUACACAUCCAACAUUAUGAUGUUAAAUAGCUGUUAGUUUUAACCUCAAAGUGCUUUUCUCUGAUUGGUGUUGCAUCGUAGAAAAAUCUCUGACGGAUGAAAUGUACUGAGAGAAAGUUGAUCCUGAGUGAUGUGUAGAAAAUCAGCAAAGCUACACAGGCUACUGAUGCUUGCUAGAUGUGUUUCUGAUGUUCAAAAAAGCAACAAAUACUCAGUUUUGUUUUCUGAUCUUUUGACUCUGAUGACAGAUAAAACAGAAAUAUUCUAUAUCGCAGGAUCAAACAUCAUUUUGUAUUUGGCUUCCUUCAGGUUAUGAAGGGCCGAACUGUGAGGUGGAUGUAGAUGAGUGUGCAGAGCAUCCCUGUGAGAAUGACGGGGAGUGUUUUGAGCGUUCUGAUCCGUCUCACUGGGAACUGGACUGGGAGCUCAGCUUUGCAGAUGCAGCCGGAUACAUCUGCCAGUGUCAGCCCGGGUUUGCAGGUCAGUGGAACGACAAUCUGUCUCCUUAUUCCUUUUUAAAUCUUUAGACAGAUAUUUAACCUCUUUUAAAUUAUAGGAGAGAACUGCUCAGUCAAUGUCGAUGAGUGUGAGUCUGAACCCUGUCAGAACGGAGGAACCUGUGAGGAUCAGAUCAAUGGAUACACCUGCACAUGCUCAGAGGGAUUCCUGGGUGAGUCUUUACGGACACAGCGUUAGAGAGGUUUCUUUUAACCACUGGCAGCACUAACUGUGAACAAUUACAGACCAACGUUUCUAAAAGCCAAAGAUAAAGUCCAAUUUUAGCUUCAUAUUCAAAGACACCUGCAGUCGAAUCUAAUAAAGAAGGAGAGAAAACAACAAACGUAACAGUAACAGACUGGAGGCAGAGAGUUAGCUUUUCAUAAAACAUGGAAGGGUUUAAGUUUUUUUAAUGUUCACAUUUACAUACUGCUCGUAAACACCCAUCAUGAUCAUUAUGGCCUCUCUCUCACUCAUACACACACAACAUACCUGUAGCUUUCCAUGCAUACAGCAGAUAUGUUAGUGUUUAGAUGGAGUCAGUGGGCAAGAGGAAGAAUUUGGACAAAAUCUUAUGAAAAGGUAAAAGAGGCCGAGUUGACGUUGAAUAAAAACAGUAGCGUUUCUUUGUUCCUUUAAUGUCUUUCUGUCUCUGCAGGUGAUCUGUGUGAGGUGAACAUCGACGAGUGUGAGAGUCAUCCCUGUCAGAACGGCGGCUGGUGUGAAGACGGUAGGGCGUCCUACACCUGUCACUGUCCGGGGGCGGCGCCAGGUGAGCUCCCCUGGGGUGGUGAUAACUGUGAGGUCAAACUCCAAGGCUGUGUGGACCACGAGUGCCAGAACGGCGCCACCUGCCUUCCCCAUCUGGAGGAUGGAGAGCACGUCCACACCUGUUUGUGUCCUCAUGGUUACUAUGACGACCAGUGCUCUACCAGGACGACCUUCUCUUUCUCCUCACCUGGAUUCAUUCACAUCCAAGUGAAGCUGGAGGAGCGGAUCCGUAGGGAGGUGGAUCACCAGGAUCACCAUGGUUACGGGGUGCAGCUCCGGUUCAGAACGACCAUUCCUGACAUGCUGCUGCUGUUCAGAGGAGACGAGGAUACACACCUCCUGCUGGAGGUCCUGCACGGAGGUCUCCAUGCCAAAGUGUCGUCUGAGGACACAGAGCUGGAUGUGAUAUUCCCUGGUUUGGUCAGUGACGGGGACUGGAGAGACGCUCACGUGUUUGUGGAUGAUGAAGGUCUGGUUCUGGUCCUGAGGGGUCCUGGUUGUGACAGGGAUGGUUGCAGGGUCAUAGAUGGAGGUGCUGAUGAACCGCCCUUUGAGCCUUCUGGGGCGUUCUCUCAGGUGUAUGUGGGUGGAGCUCCAGAGGACCUUUUAGAGAUCUCUACAAGCGCUUCAGGUUUUAUCGGGUGCAUGGAAGACCUGAUGAUCGACUCAAAGCCUAUCCUGCCCCAGACCCUCCCUGAGGACCAGGGCCAUGAGCUGGGCUGCAGCAAGACAGAGUGGUGUGAGCCGGAUCCCUGCAGCGGACAUGGACUCUGCGUGGACCUGUGGACCAGCUACAGGUGCGACUGCAACAGACCCUUCCACAGUGAGAGCUGCUCACAGGGUAAGACUCACUCAUAACGAUGAAAUCAGUCUGAAGUUGUGAACCGAAUGUUAAUGACCAAAACACUCAUUAUUUUCUAGCCUUGUACCGGUUAAUCUUGGCGAGUUUGGACUACAAUAAAGGAUUUUCUUGAUUAAUGUUUGGGAAUUUUAAGGGAAUUCCAAGUUGAGAAGUUUAUGUAUCUAAUGACACAAUUAUAAAUGUUUAGUACUUUAUAAAACUCAAGAAACAUGGCCUACACAACCUCUUGCCUUUUCAACAGAAAUGACAUGAAGUAAAAGUGCGUAUUUUAUUGAAUUGGGCAUUAACAUGAUGCGAAACAAUAGAUUAAGACUGGUCAGGCUGCAGAACUGAUCGGCCCUUCUUACUGAACCUUCAUAUGUCAACACAAGUCUUGAGACAACUUAAACACUAAAUUUUAUGUGAUUAAUUUGAACCUUUCCUCCUCUCCCUAACAGAGUAUCCCUCGUGGACGUACAGCCAUGAAGACUCGCAGAGUUUCAGCUCCUAUGACGUGUCAAAGAGUCACGGUAGCAGCUUCAAUGUCUCCUUCUUCCUGAGGACGUUAAAGACAGAGGGGCUGCUGUUCCAGCUGAGGAGACCCUCAGAGGAGGGAGGACAGGUGUACUUCUCGGUGUACUUAGGGAUGGGCCGGGUGUUUGUCAGCUCCCUCCCUAACAGCUCGCCCCUUACGGCACCGGUGUUUGUCAGCAGUGGGGAGAAGAUGCUGCUGCAGGUGGAGGUCAGACAAAGACAGGUGAUCUUUGAACAUGCAGGGCUCAGGUACGGCAUCGGUGAGAUCCCCGAGGUGGAAGUGAAAGACGAGGACCAGGUUUACGUGGGAGGACUACCAGACGACAUGGACUCUGAUGCCUGGGGGGGACAUUACAAAGGCUGCCUGCAGGACAUGCGCCUGGACUCAGUGCACCUGGAUGUGGACAGCUGGAACAGCUCAGAGGAAGUGGAAGUCUAUCUACCGAAUGACGCCGAGAACGUGAAGAGAGGAUGCAUCAGUGACAACACCUGCAAGGUGGGAAGUGAACUCUGCUUUGUUCCCCGCUACUAUGUUAGCUGGUCAGUCAUACAGGAAGUUAACAGGACAGACAGAGACAGCGGGUUUCUUUAAACGCUCCUGCAGGUCUGCUUUUUGUUAUGAUGUAAAACAAAGUGAUGAUGGAAACCUUGCAGGCUUAUCUCUCUACAGAGAUAGAGUCAAUAUGCAACUGUUAAUUUCCAUCAAGUCAUCUGAUUGGUCAAGAGGGAUUCUGCAGGUCUUGAUUCAGAGUGCAAUACCAAAGGAUGUUACAGUGAACUACAGUGAAUCUGCUGAUGGCAAGAAAAGUGACACAUGACAACUCAUCUCUUUAUAAAGACUGACAACAUAUCUCCUCUUCUUCCUAUUGUGCAAAAGUAUCUUGGGAGGACUUUGCAUUAAAAAAAAAAUAUUUAAACAUUACAAAAAGGACCAGAAUCAAAACUGAUUCCCCUUUUAUGAUGUAUAAGAUUAAACCAGACCAUCAGCAUUAACAUAACGUCUAUUUCUGUCUGCAGGGGUCGCCAUAAUCUACACAAACCUAGAGUUUCCUCUAAUUUGAUGAUGCUUGUGUCUGUCUGUAGGUGAAGCCCUGUCUGAAUGGAGGAGAGUGCAUCAUCACAUUCAACGAUUUUACCUGUUCGUGCCCGGAAGAGUACAGAGGAAAGAUCUGUGAAACACGCGUGUGGUGUGUCAGUGAUCCCUGUGUGAACGGUGGACACUGUGUGGACCUGCAUGACGGAUACGAGUGUAAGAACAUUCAGGAAGUUUUCUGGCAUGAGACACUCUGGGGAAAAUUAUGUUUUUAUUACAUGCAUGUUGUCUUAACCAGUGUUUGUAGUGGGUACUCCCCUUCUUCACUUAUUAGCUUAACUUAACACUGACCAUUCUGCACAUUUGCAAUUUUCAAAUGUGCAAAUGUUCAGCACUGCACAUUAUUCUGCCAAUUAUACUAUUUUUUAUUUAUCAGUAGUUUUGGACAAAAUAUUUUCAUUUCAUAAUUUUAAACUCAAUAAGGUGUGCUUUUCCUGCCUCAGGCUUUUCAUUCAUGCACACGUGACUGAGGAAAGAUGUGCUCUCCUGGCCUCAUACUUUGGCCUUGCACAGUGCUCAGCAUAAAUGAGUACACCCCUUCAGAGUUUUUAGAGAACCUUUAGUUUCCUUUCAAAAUCAACAUUUUCUGUGUCAGACUAUACUACAAAAUACUCCCCCAAAUGUAGGCCAAUUAUUGUAAACAAGAUUUUUAAUAAUAAUAAUAAUAAUAAUAAUAAUAAUAAUAAUAAUAAUGCAUCAGAUUUCAUAUAGCGCUUUAUCAGAGACCCUCAAAGCGCUUUACAUUGGAUACAUCAUUCAUUCGCUCACACAGUCACACUUUGGUGGUGGUAAACUACCUUAGUAGUCACAGCUGCCCUGGGGCAGACUGUGGCAUACAAAAUUGUUGUUUUCAAUAUAAUAUCAGGAUGCAAAAAUGAGCACACCCUAAUCAAAGUCCUGGGAGCAAAGCUAAAUUUUAGUGACCAUAUUACCCUUAUUUUUAUCUUAUGGUAAAUAAAAUGUUAUGUUAAACUCAGCUUUGGAAAUUGUACUUUUGCUCAUCUAGAGUAUCUACAUCAUCUACAGUGAUAAAUUACUUUAAUAGGGGGUGUACUGACUUAUGCAGGGCACUGUAUGUAUUUAAAUGGUGAUGCAGGGGAGUUCUCAGCACAGAGCCUUCUACCAUAUAAUGAAGACUUUACUAACUGUGCUAAAAUGAUGUGACUAAUAUGGUCCUCGCUGAAAUGAAGUCCACAAACGUGCUUGAUCUAUCUGUGGCAGCACCCCCCUCUUGUUUAUUGUCUAUGGAUCUCAAAAAGGACGUGUUCAGACUUCAGAUCAGAUGUUGGAAGCUAACAUAUUACAUUUGAUUAUAAAGUUGAAAGUGAUGCAGUUUCUGGUCCUCUCAUAAACUAACCUGUGUCUGACCCUCAGGUGUGUACAACGCCACCUUUGAGAACAACCCGGUUCACUACAGUGCUGCAGGUUCUCUGUCUGAGCCUGUUUCUAACAUCUACAUGGAGCUGAGGACCAGCUCAGAGAACGCCAUCCUGCUGAGGGCGUUCUCAGGCUCAGACCUCCUCAUGGUGGGUUUGCUGGACUCCUCGGUGCAGGUGGAGAUCCACACGGGGAACAGUGUGGAGACUCUGACCUUCACAGGGGUGCGGCGAGUGGCUGACGGGAACUGGCACCGUGUGAACAUCGCGCAGGCUGAGCUGGGGCGUAAAGCGUCUUCUUGGGUCAUCACUGUGGAUGGGAUCACAGACGCCAGCAGCCUGCCGCAGAGGACAGGAAGUCUGCGGUUUCUGAAUGAGAAGGGGGCCAUGGUGGCGAUCGCAGAGAGCUUCACCGGGUGUCUAGGGGCGGUCAGGGUGGGCGGGGUCUACCUGCCCUUUGUGGAUAGCUACCAACCCCCUCAGAAGUCUCAGUUCCACCUUCAUGGUAAACCACAGAUCAAACUAGGGUGCAGCAGUGCUCCUGUGUGCGUGUCAGAUCCGUGUCUGAAUGGUGCUACCUGUGAGGACCUGUUCAACAAGUUCAGGUGUGCGUGCGACCUGGGCUGGGGGGGAGAGCUGUGUGAGACGGACGUGGACGAGUGUGCAUCUCAGCCCUGUGUGCACGGCAGCUGUAAGGACUACCUGGCAGGGUUUGAGUGCAGGUGUGACCCCGGAUACGACGGUACUCUGUGUGAGAAGGACGUGGACGAGUGUGAGCAUGACGCCUGCGAGCACGGAGGGACAUGCGUGGACGGCGCCAACACCUUCACCUGCAUCUGCCCCCAGGACUACAGAGGCCCCCACUGCCAGUGAGUGCUUACACAGACAGACAGGAAGACUGAGGGUCCAAAACUGAAUUCAUCUGUAGCUUCUGCUAAAAUCAGAUUCAUUUCAAUCUCCUUCAAAGUAAAAUAUAUUUUUAUGAAUGUGUUUUUUUUUUUUGUUCAACAGGUGGAUCUAUCCUCCAAUCCAGUGUGAUAAAGACCUUCAGUGUGCAAAUGAUGGGGUCUGCUCUGAUGGGUUGUGGGGGGCUAACUGUACCUGUAUGCCAGGUUUCACAGGCACAAGGUAAGCUCAGUCGACACAGAGCUGUACUGAAGUCAUGCAGAGACAUUCAAAGAGCACGAACGAUCAGACUGUAGAAGUGUCCUUCUCUCAUAAUAGUGCCAAGUUUCUCUCCUAUUAUAUGAGGGAUGUGUGUGAUAAAUAUUCCAGGAGUUAAUGGAAAAUUCUGAGUUACAAAAAAGCUGAUUCAUCAGUCAUGUUGUGCAUAAAUACAUUCAUGCAUCUAUGAAUGCAGCUAGUGCAGUAUUGCAUCUAUCAACAUAUCAAUGCAUGCUGUAUGAUUAUGAUCAUGUGCGAUACAGCAGCACUGUAGCACUGUGAAGCUCACCUUUGCACUUUAAACACCUUAUGCACUUCAUAUAAAUUCAUAAACAAGCAAUCAACUAAUUUGAUGAAUUGAUUACUUGUUACUAUAUUUAAUCCCUCCAUCUCUUUUGUUUUGUGUGCUGCAGGUGUGAGCAAGAGAUUGAUGAAUGUGAGUCGAACCCGUGCAGAAAUGGAGGCGCCUGUUUGGAUCGAUUUAACAUGUUUGUGUGUGAAUGUUUACCGGGUUACAGCGGUCCAACCUGUGAGUUAAACGUGAGUAUAUUUCACUUCUUCUUUUCUAACUUUUUGUAUUCAAAAGUUAUUUAGCAUCCCGCACUAACAUCCUCCUCCACUUCUACCUCUGUGUGUGCAGAAACAGGCCCACACUCAGGGCGUCCCCUGGCUGGUGGUGGCCAUCCCUCUGCUCUGCUGCUGCGUACUCAUCCUCAUCAUCGGCCUGGUCUUCAUGGUGCUCACGGCCAGGAAGAAGCGUCAGUCUGAAGGAGCGUACAGCCCUAGUACUCAGGAGCUGGCAGGGGCUCGGCUGGAGAUGGACAGCAUGCUGAAGGUGCCACCUGAGGAGAGACUGAUCUGACACCCUGAAACACCCUCACCCCUCAGACUUAAGCAUAGAGGAGCGACAGUGAGGACAUGAGCUCUGCAGCAUGCUGCACCAGACUCACUGAGAAACUUUGACAUCUUCUGAACACCUGCAUUAGGAUGAGUGUGAUGCAGUAUAGAGCCCCCCAUCCCUGCUGGUAGGGAGCCGGUACAGGCUCAUGACUGCUGUGAAGGUGUUGAGAAUCCUGCAGUUGCUUGCAGAAGCUCUCCAACAGGGAACGAAGAUGAUUUGCUAUAGAAGUCUGUACGCUGUAGUUUGUCUCUUACAGGGUUUUAACCUGUUCUGACAUCCUGGACUCAUCUUCAGAGGACAAUUUAGGAGCUUGAUAUCAAGACUCUGCACAGACAGUUCAUGGGUAACAUCUCAUGCUGUUUCAGAGGAUGUUGCUUCUUCUGUGCUGCAGCUGAAAACCUACACUGGAGAACAUCGUGGUGUGUCAGAGGCACAGGAGGCAAACGCGGCAGUUCCUCCUUUAGCCACUAGAGGCUGACUCUGAUUUGAAAAAUGCUCCACAAGCACAACACAUUUUAGUUUUCUGCUUUCCAUGUCAUAUGCAUCUAUGAAAGGAUUUUCUUCUAGAAAACAGAAAAAAUAAAAAGGAUGUUGGUUUUCAUGGGCAGUUCUAAAUUUAUGCACAAAAUAAUCUGGGCAGAAAAGCUGGAGAAACACUUGGAAGUCAAUCAAAAGUUUUAUCUGUGGUACAGCAAUGUACUGAGUGUGUCUGUUUGCACUGCAGCUUUAUCACGCACAAAGAGACUGAAACUCCUCUGCUGCAAUGCAUCCUAUACCUGAGCCUUGCAUUUGCUUUUUGUAAUUUGUAUUCACAUUUUCACUGAAAUUGGCUUAUUAUUGAUAUGCAUUAAGCGCACAAUAAAAAUGUGAAAAGAAUAGUAAUAUAAGCUGCAUGUCAUUUGAGUAGAUGCAUUAAAUAAUUAUAACCUGUUGCAAAGAUGGCAGUGUGCAAGUUUACAUCUUUAUGCAGCAGGUGCUUCCCAGUUUGGGAUCGAUAAGGUAUAUCUGUUUACUCAACUGUUGUGUGUUAAUGGAGCAAGUUCCCAGGGUUAAUUACUAUGAAUCGUGGCCAUCAUGGCAUCACUCAGACUUUUUAAAAUUCUAAACAAAUAAGUGUAAGUAUCAAAUACUGUUUUAAAGCAGAAGCUGCAGAUGUCGCAGUUUCUCUCUGUGUGUCAUUUUUUAAAUGCACAGAGCUAUUUGGUAUCCUCAUGAGUUACAAGAGUUUAGUUUCCUCGCUGUGGAUGCUGCAGCCUGUUGUGUAUAUUUUUCUAACCUGCAGCUCUCUCUCUCUUUAUUAAAUCUUGUACAGUUUGUAUAUUUAUGUUCAUUUUGUGAGUUAAUUUUGCAGGACUGUGAGUUUUACUGUUAGUGUCUCAUAAAGGGAGUCUCUGCUGAUGUCGGCCUCUCCUCUUCAGUAGCAGAUUCACUAAAUCUGUUUAUGUGAUUUAAAGAAAAUCUGUUCAAACAGGGGAAAACAUCUGCUGAUAUCAAGUUUGUACAGAAGGCACUUUGAAAUACAUGUGAAAUGAAAUGAAAACUCUAUCCUUGAUUGUAAAUGUGAGAGGUGUGACCAAUGUGGCGCACUGUGUUAGUUUGUUUUUUAAAUGUAAUCCUUGAAUAAGAAUGUAGGUCUCUGCUGCACGGCAUUUCACUGUUUUUAUUUUUGUUUUUGUUGUACAUAAUUCCAAAUAUUUUAUUCAAAAUGAAACCUGCAAUAAAAAAAAAUCUCUCUGAA